CAAACAUUCGUUUCAUUUCGUUUCGCGCAGUGUCGCUCGAUACGCCAUGUAGACUGGCGAUUAAAGCAGUUUGUGGACAAAGUUAGGUUAUAAAAUAUUCAAUGUUAUGGCGGCUGGUUUCGUAGGUUCCACGAAAAAUUUCCCUUUUUCAUUCGAUGUGGACGUUGAAGAAGAAGAACCCGGACGCAGUACUCCACAUCUCAGCAAGCGUAUAGGCAGCGAGAGUCCGACGAGCGCUGUGGGGGCGGAGGCCCCUCGGGAGCUGCCCAAUGAGCUGUCGGCGCCUUAUGAGGUCCCGCAGUUCCCUAUUGAACAAAUCGAGAAAAAACUACUCAUACAGAGGCAGCUAAAUGUAAAGGCAGCGGAAUGCGGUCAGUCGGUGCGGUCGUUCGCGGGAAGCGAGGCGGGGGCGCUGGAGGAGGCCGCGCGGCUGCGACUGGCUGACGAGGACGAACUCGACAUCGUGCUGCCUCACUUCCAGCGCGUAGCCAUCAGCGGGGAGGACACAUCAGGGGUACCGUUGGAGGACCUGCAGCAGGCCUCCUCGUACCUGGUGCAGGCGCUGGAGAUCCGCAAGCGGUACAUGGAGAUGUCGCAGCAGAGCUAUGCCACUAUCACCGCGCGCUUCGUGCGCAGCAUGGACUCUGACGCUCCCGCUAACCACACACCCAGUACUAAAGUACCGAGGAGUCAUAUUGCUGAUCACAUAGUGCAUCCACCGUUCAGGGACAAGGAUCCGUGGGAAUGUCCGAUGCCGGCAGCUAAGGGGUACAGCAUCAAGUCGGAUGACGGCGUGUUUAACCUGUACCGACCUCGCCAGGGAGAGGGACAGGGAGACGGGGAUGGGACAGGGGAGGAGCGCGUGCCUUACGAAUAUGUGACGCUCAGCCAGUACAUACAGGACAUGAACACUAUGUGCAAUAUGAUUGCUGAUGGACCACUCAAGUCUUUCUGCUACCGUCGGCUGAGCUACUUGUCGUCCAAGUUCCAGCUGCAUGUGUUGCUCAACGAGCUGCGAGAGCUCGCUUCACAGAAGGCUGUACCGCACAGGGACUUCUACAACAUCAGAAAAGUGGACACUCACAUCCACGCCGCGUCCUGCAUGAACCAGAAACAUCUGUUGCGUUUCAUUAAGAAGACCUUGAAGAACCACGCUGAUGAGGUGGUAACACUGCACAAGGGGACGCCGAUGACACUGAAGGCUGUGUUCCAGAGCAUGAACCUCAGCACAUAUGACCUCACUGUUGACAUGCUCGAUGUUCACGCGGACCGUAACACUUUCCACCGUUUCGACAAGUUCAAUGCUAAGUACAACCCGAUCGGCGAGAGCAGACUGCGUGAGGUCUUCCUCAAGACUGACAACUAUAUGAACGGGAAAUACUUCGCGAGGAUCAUUAAAGAAGUGGCAUCAGAUUUAGAAGAGAGUAAAUACCAGAACGCGGAGCUGAGGCUCAGUAUCUACGGCAAGAGUCCUGGAGAGUGGGCGAAGUUGGCGCGUUGGGCCAUACAGUACCACGUGCACUCCAACAACGUGCGCUGGCUCAUACAGAUACCACGUCUAUACGAUAUCUUCAAGUCGAACAAGAUAAUGAACAACUUCCAAGAGUUCCUCAGCAACAUCUUCCAGCCGCUGUUUGAGGUCACCAACGAUCCUAACAGUAACAUUGAACUGCACAAGUUCCUCACCCACGUCGUGGGCUUCGACAGCGUAGACGAUGAAUCCAAGCCGGAGAACCCGAUGUUGGAUGCUGAGGUGAAGGUGCCUGGUCAAUGGGAUGAUGAGGAGAACCCUCCCUACGCGUACUAUCUCUACUAUAUGUACGCCAACAUCACCGUGCUCAACCAUUUCCGCAAGGAGCAAGGUCUUAACACGUUUGUGUUGCGUCCCCACUGCGGUGAAGCAGGACCUGUUCAACAUCUCGUUUGCGGCUUCAUGCUCGCUGAGAACAUCUCUCACGGAUUACUGCUUAGGAAGGUACCAGUGCUGCAGUACCUGUACUAUUUAGCACAGAUCUACAUCGCGAUGUCCCCUCUUAGUAACAACUCGCUGUUCCUCAACUACCACCGCAACCCGUUGCCGGAGUUCCUCGCUCGGGGACUCUGCAUCACUCUCAGCACUGACGAUCCUCUGCAGUUCCACUUCACCAAGGAGCCGCUGAUGGAGGAGUACAGCAUCGCAGCACAGGUGUGGAAGCUCAGCUCAUGCGACAUGUGCGAGCUGGCGCGCAACUCCGUGCUCAUGUCAGGAUUCCCGCACGAGAUGAAGCAAUACUGGCUUGGACCUAACUACAUGAAGGAGGGUGUUGCCGGAAACGACAUCACGCGCACCAACGUACCAGAUAUACGCAUCUCCUUCCGCUAUGAAACUCUGCUCGAUGAACUCACCAACAUAUUCAAGUCUCGCCUCUCAGUCCGCCAAUUUACAAAUGGCCCAGCGCCCUCGACGCCGCCGCCCAACAUUAGUGCACCAAUCGUCAGCAUCAAACGACCUUCUCUUGUCUAAAACAUUGCAUAAAUAUAAAAAAAAAAUAUCUAAAAU